CCCACUGGGGGUAUAGGCGCAUGUCAUUUUUUAUUAUCUUGUGAAAGUGACGUUGUCACAGGAAAAAAUAAAAUAAGAUAUAAACCCGUCCAAUAGUGGCAUAAUUCCUUGGGGCCUUGAUGCUAUACGACAUCCACACAUUCCAAGGAAUGCGCUUACCUGCAAAGGACAGAUCGAAAAAAAAAAAAAAAAAAAACAACAUAAAAGUAUCAAAGGAACCAAGAUUUAACCAGUAGCCAAGAUCUAUUACACCCCUCAGUGGAAAUUAUUCACCCCUCCCGGAAAUUAUUCACCUCUUGUACAAGAGUGGAGAGUGAAAGGAAUUGAAAGAGUACCAAAAGGACCAUCAUGGAUGCUGGCUGCCGUAACACACCGUCAACUGUGGUUAAGCAAAAAAGAGGAUAUGUGAAUAGCAUCAAGAAAGGACACCAACAAAGAAGCAAACCCAUCCAACGUCACUGGCCCAGCCAAAUUCAAGGGAGAGAAGACGGCAGAGAGAGCAGAUUAUUUGAUCGCCCCUGGAAUGAUUCCUAUCUGAGCAGUAGAAGCAAACAGUGUAAUUCAGUAGAGAGGUUGGGGAUGUGCCCAAGUCUGAACACCAGAGAUGAUGAUGAUUGUAGCAGUGGUAGAGGUGUAGUUGAAAAACAAAAUGAUUUGCAGAGCUAUUAUCAUUUACGCUCUUGGUCACCAUCUUCAUCAUCUUACUCCCCAAAGCAAUUGCACAGGACAGAGCAGGAGAAAAAGCACAAGCCCAGACUGUCAGGUUUAGAAAUAAGAACUGGGACUCCUAGAAUGACUUCCACAUGGUAUCGGACUGAUAGGAUGACUUCUACCUAUCCACAGGGAGCUCAGCCUAGAAAGACUCCCAGCUCUUCAUCUUCCACCUAUUCUGCUACAGAAAGCUCCCAGAAUCAACACCGCUUGUCAACACACUCCCAAUGUUGGCCUCCUCUGCUCGGCAACUUGAGCAGCAGAACCACAUCCCAUUUAUUGAGGAGCUCAUACGAGCUCUGUUCAUCUCAAGAACAAACGAAUAUCCCUGAAUCCUACUCAGACAGAUCUUCCUCUUACUCGACCCACAUUCCAUGGUACACCCCCCUCCUGGUCAACCAAGAGGCCACACUCCCUCCAAGAUCAGUCCCUGAAGUUGUAGAGCCUAAAGGGACUCCUAGCUGCUCUUCUUCUUCUUCUUCUUCUUCUUCCUCUGCCUUUAUAAAAAGUUCCCAGAAUCAAAACCUCUCAUCAUCAUUCUCCUCUCAUCAUUCUUCUCUUCUCAUUGGCAACUUGAGCAACAGAACCUCAUCCCAUUUAAUGAGCAGCUCAUACACCCUACAUUCAUUUGAAGAACAAACACUAGUUCCUGAAUCCACUUCAGAUACAUCUUCCCCGUACUCCCUCUCUAACCCAUGGUAUACCCGCCCCCUGGUCAAACAAGAGGCCACACUCCCUUCAAGGUCAGCCUCUGGUUCCCAACGUCAACACUUAUCAUUAUCAUCAUCAUCAUCAUCAUCAUCAUCAUCAUCAUCACACUCCUCCCUUCAUUCUUUUCCUCUCAUUGACAACUUGAGAAGCACAACCACAUCACAUUCAUUGAGCAGCUCAUACGCCCUCCAUUCAUCUCAAGAACAAACAACUUUCCCUGAAUCCUCCUCAGAUACAUCUUCCUCUUACUCCUCCCGCACCCCAUGGUACACCACCACCCCGGUCAGACAAGAGGCGGCACGUCCUCCAAGGUCAGUCCCUGAAGCUGUAGAGUCAGUUGGCUAUUGCUCUACAAGAUGCUUAUUGUUACAACUAUUUUUAAAAUACCUCAGCCAAGACUUAUUGUGUGGAUCUUCCAUUAUCUGCUCUCUUGACAAUGACAGUCCAAUAAACUCACCAAGUUCCUCAAUAGUAGGAGAGUCUGGGAAUGGUGAAGAGGUGGACUCAAUGUUCAGUGUGGACCCUGAUGCUAGAUGGUCAGAGACAUCCUUGGGUAGCCUAAAAAACCAUAGAGCAGACCUCAACAAUGGCUACUGUAGUGUGUCCAAAAUGUCAUUGUGGGGAGAGCCUAGUGUUCGCAGUAGCAACAACAGCAGUGGAAGAGACAAUGGCUGCUUCUGGCUUUCCUCCUCUUUCCAAGACCACUUGCCCCCAUCUUGCCCCAAAAGACAUACAAGCGAUGAGAGUGCACAUUCAACUGCAGGCUUAGAGGAAGAAUACAGCCACCCACAGCAUCUCUUGACGCGAUGGGACAAUGUUGAAAAUAAAGCAUUGCAGAAGGAUGAGGUGAAUGGAGAAGAGAAAGGAGCAGAUGCAGAGAAAGGAGCAGAUGCAGAGGAAGGAGCAGUGGGUUUAGAUGUCCUUGCAGCUGGUCGUCCUUGGCAACUCCAGGAUGAAACAUUACAUGGACAUUCAGUCAUUGAAAACAGUUCAGUACCUAUGGGUCAACCAAGUGGUGUUAAAAAUCAAGAAAAAGUAAUUUCCAAAAGGGAUCAAGAGAACUUGUACAAGAUUAAGGAGAAACUGCUUCUGGAGGAUUCCAGUGAAGAAGAGGGUGACCUGUGCCGUAUCUGCCACACAGGGGAGAAAUCUGCUGCCAACUCUUUGAUUCAACCAUGCCGUUGUAUAGGCAGUGUGCAGUAUGUCCACAAGGAAUGCAUCAAGAGGUGGAUUAUGUCCAAAAUAACCUCAAGAGCAAACCUCAAGGCCAUCACAACAUGUGAACUCUGCAAGGAGAAGCUGUGCUUAGACAUAGACAGUUUUGACAUUCCGGAAUUACACAGGACACAUGUCCAAUCUGAGAGUGAUGAUGAUGAGGGUGAUGAGCUCAUCAGCCGCGGCCUCCAUUUGCUGGUGCUGUUGCGUCUCUUUGAAGAGAGGUACUCCAAUUCCUUGGGAACUGUUGAUGCAAUCAACUUGGAGAGCAUCCAUCAUAAUCUCUUGGACCUCCUUAUAACUCUUACUGAGGGAAGUGAUGGGGAAGACAACAGCAUGUCAAACGAGUUUUCUGACCUGGAUGAUGAUCUUGAAGAGGACUGGUAGUUAUGUGAAUGAGGGGAAUAAACUUAGGGGCAGGUUUAAAUUGUACCUUGAUUGUUUUUAGGUUUUCCAUUCUAUUCAGUUUUGAUGGCCCAGGGCAUUUCUUGCUUACGCAUUACGACAGAGUUUACAGGAAUAGUAAGGGCUUAGGGAGAAGAAAAACACUUUCUUUCUUAAUUUCACAUAGGUGUAAUGUAUGAAAUGAAAUACAUGUUGAAUAAAUGUAAAUGUUUAUUUAAAUAAAACCCUCUAAAAUAAAAGGGUAAUACGUAACAUGGGCCAUGUUUUAACAGCUCAUACCUAUAACAACUGCAAAGGCUGCAAAUUCUUCACCGCCCUGUCCUGCUUCCAGGCAGUGAUAAUGCCGGGUGAUACCAGGACUCACAGGCCCACAGUAUCAACUCAGAGAAAUAUAAUGUGCAGUGUUGAGGGACAUGAAAACCAAAAUUACCACA